UUUUAUUUGUCAAAUGUAUACAUAUACAUAACCGUUGAAGCAGACAACCAAUAUUAUUUUUGGUUAGGCAAAUGAACAAACGUCUUAAUUUUAACGAGGUUUUCGGUUUCCGUUCAUUAGCGUGGGUAGGUUCCAACUUCCAAUUUCCUGUUCCAGGCAUUCCAAGUAAUCGCCUCGGUUGAGUUAUAGGAAAACAGUCAUGGUAAGAAACGACGUUUAGCUGCAUUGAAAUACGUCUGUGGCAGUUCCAUGUGUGAUUCGUGUGUUAUUUUCGUAAAGUAGAUGACUGUUGGCAAAAAAUCACAUCUAUCCAUGAGGCUUAUGAGAACAACAUGGAGGCUCAGGCGGAAAUUCAGUGCACUACCAGCCAAAUGUGUUGCUCUAACAAUAGUAUCGCUGGUGAUAAUCUGCGUUACAGUUGUCCUAUACCACAUGGGUGCAUUCACCCAUUUCCUAGAGAAGGAUUACUAUACAGAGUUCUCAUACCCUUUGCAAGGUAAUCUUCAACCUCUAGUCAAGGAGCUGAUAGUGGGAAACGAACCACCCAUCAAGCCAAUUAAUGUGUUCAACUACAGUUACCUGAAAUUAUGCCAUGACAAGUGCUCCAGUAAUGCAAAUCUAAAACUUCUAUUUGUGGUCAAAUCGGCUUUACAUAAUUUUGAACAGCGCCAAGCCAUAAGACAAACAUGGGGCAAUCAAUUGCACCUCUCACAUGUUGAAGUUCGACGUAUAUUUUUACUGGGCACGGGUUUCGAUCCUGAAAUUCAAAGGAAAGUGGAUGAAGAAGACAGAUUGCACGAGGAUAUUGUGCAAGCCGACUUCCACGACGAUUACCGUAAUAACACGCUGAAGACGAUGUCUGGAUUCAAAUGGGCUGUCGAAUACUGCCCAUCGGCGAGUUAUGUCGUUUUUUCAGACGAUGACAUGUAUAUAUCAACAAAAAACUUGUUACGUUUCAUCCGCAAUCCAUCCGAUUAUCCGGAGAAGGAAUCGCAACCUUUGGCCGUCAAAGAUUUCGAGCAUAGAGACAGGUCUCUCAAGGAGGAACCUGCACUAGUGGCCGAAGGUUUAGAAGAAGAGCAAAAUGUAUUCGGAAAUCGCAACGAAGAAUCGAAACUUUAUGCCGGAUACGUUUUCCAUUCUCCACCACAACGACAUCAUUCAAGCAAGUGGUACGUCUCUUUAAAAGAGUAUCCAUAUCAUUUGUGGCCGCCAUACGUAACCGCUGGUGCCUACGUUGUGUCGCGCUCGGCUUUACUCGAUUUGCAUUACGGUAGUUUUUACACGAAAUAUUUCCAAUUCGACGAUAUUUUCCUAGCACUUGUUGCUCUCAAAAUCAACAUCGAACCCGUCCACUGUUCGGAAUUCUACUUUUGGAAGAAAAACUACUCGAAGCUCGGAUAUAGAGAUGUCAUCGCCUCUCAUGGCUACGGCGAUCCCGAUGAACUUAGAAGUGUUUGGAAUGAACAGAAAUCAGCUGGUCAUGCCUAAGAUGCGGAUUAUUUUCUUGCCAUCAGGUUUUCUAUGAUAAAUUGUGCUUUACGUCCCCUUUGUGGAUAUUCCUUGUGGGACGUGUUGUAGAAAUACGUGCCUUUUCAUGUAAUGAACUCACUUUCAAUUGUGUUUCCGUCAAUUCCAUACAUCAUCGUAUCAUCAGUGAUUAUAUGUACAAUAUGAAAAAAAAAAUAAAGGAAGAUAUUCUUA